CUAGUCAGUUCUGUGUUUGCUGUUGUUACAGUAGUUUGUUGUUAAAAGCUUCCUCAGGAUCGCAGUUUCUCUCCGCUGAAGCAGCGAUGGCAAGUUACGUCAAGAGCGAUGAAUCCGGGUCUGUGGAGAAGGACAGCGCUUUAGCGGGACAGACAGUCAGAGAGAACGUAACAGAAACUGAUAGCAUUAAUCAAAGUGUAUUCAGUCUGGAUCCUAAUGAGGAGUAUAAGAUGGACCACAAGAAGCGAGGAAUGGCUCUGAUCUUUAACCAUGAAAAUUUUUACUGGCAGCUCAUGUUGAACAGCCGCUCUGGCACAAAUGCAGACAGGCAGAAUCUUGUUAGAAGAUUUCAGGAGCUGGGUUUUGAAGUGAAGGCUUGUGAUGAUUACAAACGAGAAGAAGUUUUAUCCACAAUCAGAGAAGCUGCUGCUGCGAACCAUGUAGAUGCAGACUGUUUUGUCUGUGUCUUUUUAAGUCAUGGGGAAAAUGGUCACAUCUUUGCCAAUGAUGGGCAGAUCCAAAUUCAAGAAAUCACUGAUUUGUUCAAGGGGAAUAAAUGCCGUAGCCUUGUAGGCAAACCCAAGAUCUUCAUCUUGCAGGCUUGUCGUGGUGACAAACAUGAUGAUGCUGUGACACCAAUGGAUGUGGUGGACAGUCAGACGAACAUUGAAGUGUUUGUGGAUGCGGGGGCGCUCUGCACCCUUCCAGCAGGAGCAGAUUUCCUCAUGUGCUAUUCAGUAGCUGAAGGAUAUUACUCCCAUCGUGAGAUGGUGAAUGGCUCGUGGUACAUCCAGGAUCUGUGUGAAAUCCUGAGGCGUUAUGGAUCUACACUGGAGUUCACUGAUAUCCUGACACUUGUUAACAGGAAGGUUUCCAAUCGCAGUGUAGAUAACUGCAAGGAUCGCUCUGCUUUAGGCAAAAAACAAGUGCCUUGCUUUGCGUCCAUGCUUACUAAGAAGCUGUUUUUCAGGUCUAAGAAAUAAUGUGUUAGGGCCUUAUUGCAGGUAAAAAUUCAGGGAUUAUAUUUUUAUUUGACUUUGUUGUGCUCCUAAAUAUACAUAAUUUUCAAAAUGGAAAUCAUGCAGGUUUGCAUGUUGUAGCCUGGAGGUUUGACAAGCUCAGGGUUACAGUGCAAAUAGUUAAAUUUUUUUAUCCAUUAAUGAUGAUAGAUAUUAUGUUUCACUUUUUACACUAGCAAUACAAAAAAUGCUUUGAAUUACCUGCAGGCCAAUAUGAAGACAAUCCUGUAACGUAAACUAUUUAUGGAAAUAGACCAAAGAAACAUUGAAAUUGAUAGAAUUUUCUUAUAGUAAUGUAUAUCAAUCCUGCACACUACAUUCAUGAUCAUGAUCUGUCAUUAAUAGCACUAAAGCAUGAUCUCUUCAUCUGUGAGACAUGUAUUAGUACCUGUUGAGACAUGUAUUAGUACCUUAGUUUAGUUUGAAACGGGGAGAAACCAUACAAGAAACUCCAGUUAAACGGCUUGAAACUUGAAAAUCAUCUUAGAGCACAAACCUACUUAUCUACCAGCUUUGCAUACAAACUAUAUGGGGAAUUAUGGUUUUUGUUUACAUUUUUUAUCAUACAUGUUGUGUCUGAAAUGUUUAAAAGAGUGACUUUUAGAGAUCCGGCCAUAGAGAUGCACUACACUUUUACAUGUUUCUGACAAAUCAAAUAUUGUGGUCACAGUGCAUGUCUUUUUACCACUUGUUUCAUCACAUGUGGUACUUGUUUAGUUAAAACAAAGUAAAUAUAUAUAUGAUAAGAACUGAAUGUCUUUACUCAGCUCUGUUAUCUGGGUGUGGAAUUUAUAGUAUGGCCAUUUUAAUGUUGUUGCAAGCCUCAUAUAACAAGUCUCUUUGUUAACGUAGAUGUUGUUUUAGAAUGAGGUAUUCAUUUCCCUAGUAAUGGGACUGCUUUCUGUUCUGUUUGAACAUGGAUUAUUGGGAAACUGGCUGUUCUGCAACAUACUGUAUAAUUACCUUUUGCUGCGUGUGCAGUUGUCAGAAUUGAAUAGGCUUGCCUCUAUAUUCAAAUAACAUUCCUCUGCAUUUAAGGCUUGCUCUAUAUUUGCUAUAUAGCAAAUCUAGGGUUUUAGUGCAGGUUUCCCAAACUCUUAAACCAAGUUGAUUUUUUUAAAAAUAGAAAUGACAUAAAAUCUCAGAGGGUGCUUCAAGUAAAUAGUUGAUUAUUUGUAUUAAGAAUGCUUUGCAAAUAAAUCAGCAGUUAUAAUGUUAUUGUGAUAAAUGUUUUAAUACACUGAAAAUUUUUGUUUAGUUUUUUUGUAUUGUAAGCAUUCACUUCUAUUAAAAUAAAGAGAUGAACUGUACACUAAA